AUGAAUUCAACGGACAGCAGCAUUGUGGGUGCAUACCCGCCAUCACCCGGCGUGGUACCAAACUUCACGAAUCCUGAAUCAAUCGCUUCCCGUGUUGUCCUCGCAGCAGCCCUUUCCCCGGUAUUUACGAUUCCCAUUGUUCUGUUGCGGCUAUAUACUAGUCGUUUUAUCAUCAAAUGUUGGCACCUGGAUGAUUGUAGGUCCCUGUCUAAGCUGUUUGAACCAGCGCUAACAAUGCCUGCAGAGACGAGAAACGGGGUCGGAGUUCAUAUAUGGGACGUGCCUCUUUCUAGCUUUAACAGAUUCAUGAUGCUAGGGGCGAUUCCUGGCGCAAUAACGUACAACCUAUCUACUCUUUUCACCAAAGUUUCCAUCCUUCAUUUCUAUUUGCGCUUUUCACAGGACAGAGCAUUCAAAUUGGCCACAUAUUUUGUCAUGUUCGUCGUCGUGGGGAACAAUCUCCCGGCAGCAUUCGCAUUCUUGUACAUGUGCCGUCCUAUCCCACGGUAUUGGGAUUACACCAGGCCAGGUUCAUGUCUGAAUGUGGGCAGUGCUUUCAUCACUUGUUCUGUGUUGAACUCUGUCACCGAUAUCGUCAUCCUAUGCCUACCUAUCUGGUUGUUGCGGCCACUUCGAAUGCGGAGACUCCAAAAGCUAGGCGUGACACUGGUCCUGAUGGCCGGCGGGUUCGUGUGCACCGUGAGUCUUAUCAGAUUGGCGUCUAUUCCAUCUGGACUUCACAACCCCGACGUCACGUGGCGAUAUGUCGUCAAUUUAAUCUGGUGUAUUGUUGAAAUGUAUGCUGGAAUAAUCUGCGCGUGUCUGCCUUGCUUGAGAGCAUUUUUCAAACGUUACUUCCCGAAUCUGUUCCUCAUCCGGCACAACACCGAGGCACGGCUCUCCGCUAUUCCGAGCUUCGUCCACCAUCCGCAACAACCAGGAGAGCUCCAUGUAAGCACCGAUAGGAGGCUAUGGUGGAGGAGAAGCACACUCUCAAAGGCGACGACAAGUCAUACAUCGAGCAUGGAAACCUGCAAUCCAAACAGCGUGCCGCUGAUUGAGACAGAACUUCAUGGCCCAGAGAAGGCUCUUCUGCGAGACCGAGCCGAGGAAGAAGGGUCCCCCUAA